AUGAAAAGUAUAGUAUUACUGUAUCUUUUGUUUAUUACUGUUGCUCAUGGCGAAUCAGUUUGUGAUGCAAUAUCAUUCGUUAAUCGAGCUGGAUGGGGUGCACGAGAACCAACUUCAAUAACAAAUCUAACAGCAAAACCUCUUUCAUUAUUUGUUAUUCAUCAUGCUGAGGACCCUCCAAGUUGCUAUGAUGAUGAAUCAUGUAUUGAGCGAGUGAAAGAGAUUCAGAUUUUUCAUCAACAUAACCAAAGUUGGGUAGAUAUCGGUUAUCAUUUUCUAGUUGGUGAAAACGGUAAAGUUUAUGAAGGUCGAGGAUGGGAUCGUCAAGCUGCUCAUUCACCUGGCUGGAAUAAUGAUGCAUACAGCAUUUCUUUCAUUGGUAAUUUCAGUACAUCAAGUCCAAAUGAAAAGGCAUUAAAAACGGCACGUUCAUGGAUGAAUUGUGGUGUUGAACGACAUUAUGUCACAAAAGACUUUUAUGUUAUUACUCAUCGGCAAUCACAACGACCAGGCUAUACUACAUGUCCUGGUGAUGCUCUAUUUAGCGUCGUCAGGUCGUGGGCACAAUCUUGUUCGUUUCAAAAUCCUGGAGGGAGUCCAGCAGGAAAUAACACAUGGCCAACUAUUGCUCUCAAGUUCUGUGCAGAAGAACUUGAACCAUCCUCAUCCACAAUCCCAUCUCCAUUGCUAUCCGUCUCAACACAUUCAAUGACCUCGAUGCUUUUAUUUUAUCUGCUAAUAACCUAUUUUUUGUAA